GGAUCCCCGGGGGCUAUGGGGCUGCCGGGCCUCCGGCCGCUGCUGCUGGUCCUGUCGGGCUGCUGGGCGGCGGUGAGGGCCCAGACCGCGGCGACCCCGGCCGUGACCGCGGACAACUUCACUGAGGCAGCCCCGGCCACUUCAGGACCGUCCGCGUCGCCUGCGCCCCCCGGAACCUCCCGAGCCCCGGAGCCCUCCUCGGGCGCCAGGCCCGCGCCGGUCACGGACGUCGCUGCUCUGUGUGUGUGUGACCUGUCCCCAGCACAGUGUGACGUCAACUGCUGUUGUGAUCCCGACUGCAGCUCCGCGGAUUUUAGCGUCUUUUCUGCCUGCUCAGUUCCAGUUGUCACGGGUGAUAGCCAGUUUUGUAGUCAAAAGGCAGCCAUCUAUUCCUUGAAUUUUACCUCACACCCACCUGAGAGGAUAUUUAAACUCGUCGACCAGGUCAACCCAUCUGUUUUCUGCGUUCAUAUCACAAACUAUAAACCUGCGUUAUCUUUUAUUGACCCGGAAGUGCCUGAUGAAAGCAAUUUUGAUGAAUUGGUGAAAACAUCCACUGGUUUUACAUUGAACACAGAAUCAGAUGCUGCUCUCACCCCCAAAUUGGAUGCCCCCGGUGCUGCUAAAUAUGAGCACGGGGCCUCUGUGCAGACUGCGGACGCCUUCCUGAGACUGCCUUCCCCGCUGACCUCAUCUGUGUGCGCCGACGGGAACCCCGCAGCGUUUCUGGUGAACCAGGCUGUUAAGUGCACCAGAAGGGUAAAUUUAGAGCAAUGUGAGGACACAGAAGCUCUUAGCAUGACUUACUACAGCAGCCCCCGGAUUCUGCGGGUGCCUAAUUCAAGAACCAAGGUCCCUAUCACCAUCCAGUCCAUUGUCAUCCAGUCGCUAAACAAAACACUCACCCGCCUAGCAGACCCGGAGGUGCUGCCGCCGUCUCUGAUCACUGCUGGGCACGCCACAGUCUGCACGAACGUCGUCCUUGAGGUGAAGUACAGGCUCACGUACACAGACGCGGGUGAAAUCACAAAAGCCGACCUCCGGCUCCUCCUGGGGACAGUCAGCAGUGCGGUGCUCCCACUGCAGCAGAAGUUUGAAAUUCACUUCGUUCAGCACAGCACGAAGCCGAUUCCUCUCAGUGGCAACCCUGGUUACGUUGUGGGGCUCCCGUUAGCUGCUGGAUUUCAGCCUCAGAAGGGGUCUGGGAUCAUCCAGACCACAAAUAGGUACGGACAACUUACCAUUCUCCGUAGCACAACUGAGCAAGACUGCUUAGCCCUGGAGGGCGUCCGAGCCCCGGUGUUGUUUGGUCACGACAUGCAGUCUGGCUGUAAACUGAGACUGACCAGAGCCCUCCCAUGUCGGCUCUUGGCGCCAAUAGUGAAGAGCCUGCUGGUGGGCCAGGGCUUUCCAGAUUACGUGGCCCCCUUUGGAAAUACCCGUGCCCAGGAUGUGCUGGACUGGGUGCCCGUCCACUUCGUCACCCAGUCAUCCAACAUGAAGGAUUCUUGCCAGCUCCCUGUGGCUCUGGUUAUAGAAGUGAAGUGGACCAAAUACGGGUCCUUGCUGAACCCACAGGCCAAAAUCGUGAACGUGACCGCGCGUCUCCUCUCCUCCUCGUUCCCCGAGGUGCACUCAGGAAGUGAAAGGACGACUCUUCUUUCCACUGCGGUUACCUUCGUGGACGUGUCUGCACCUGCAGAGGCCGGCUUCCGGGCUCGACCAACCAUCAACGCCAGGCUGCCCUUUAACUUCUUCUUCCCGUUUGUCUGACGUGAGCUGUUGCCUAAGGACACACUCCCACCUUGCUGUCUUCCCCUGAGGAGGACCGGAAUCCAUCCCUCCUUGCCCUGGAGGCUGUCCCAGACCAGCGC